UAAACAUUACAAAAUGAUUGCUACAUAUGGACUAUUUUUCCCGCUUAUUUUGUUGACCGGUAAUAUGGUGAAUUGUGUUUUGUGGAACUCCAAUGUAUCGUUUGCCAGUGACGAUUUACAUGCAAUUGAUUAUAACUAUCUUAUGAUGCAAUAUAUUUCUGUGUGUGGAGUUACGAACUUGUGUGAUGAAUCACUUGUUACGUCUUUUAACUUAACAGAUCAUGAAUUCUUACACACACCCCUUUGUCCGGAAUGUUCGUGUGACGUAAACUGUUUCAAAGAUUCCACUAUUCCAUGCUGCCCUGAUUUAUAUUUCAGGUAUGGCGUACCACAAUGUCGGUCAGUAGAAAUUGUCUACAACACAGAGAGAAAUAUGAGUAAUUAUUAUACUAUGCUAGAAAACUGUCCACCUGGAACCAGCACAAAUCUGAAUGAAGAAUGCACAAAAGAACGGAGUCCUGCUGAGAUUCUUGUAUUACCUCCAGUGUCAAGCAAAGAUCAUGAUUUCAUUUUCUGGAAUAAAUACUGUGCCACUUGCCACAAUGUGUCCGAUAUACAGCCUUGGUCUUUAUAUUUUCAGUGUAAAAAGAAUGUUGAUUUCAACUAUUUAUCUUCGUAUGAAAAAAUUAUUGAUACAGCAAACAAAUCGCAUUGUUCGGUGACCUUUCAAGGGCAUGGUCAACAUUGUGUUCCUUAUGAUGGACAGGACCUGAUUUCUUCCUGCAACGUCACCGGAACCUGGCAGAUAUACGACUCUACAAUAGACAAAGCUUGCAGAAGCAGUUAUAAUUCAACGUAUAAUUUUGUGUUUAAAAACGUGUUUUGUUAUCUAUGCAACCCUCCAACAUCAAAACAAAUAUCUGGAUACAAACAAAAGACUUGCCCUGAUCCUAUGUCACCAUUUGGGAAAUUGUGCAGUAGUUUUCCAUCGACAUCAAUUACAUUUCCUUAUAGCAAUAUCUUCUGUCUACUAUGCCAUGAGAAUGAAAUAGAGUUUGAUACGGAAAUAAAAAUAAUCGAUCAAACCAAUGAAGUUAAAAUACAGUAUUCUAUCAAAAUAUUUCCAGAGACGUUUACUAAAAUGAUGCUUUUGGCAUCUGCUUUUGAUGAACAGUUGCACACGCGGGAGAAUUAUAAAACUCCAGAAGAGGUGGAACUAAAUGUCACAAAGCUCGCCAUUAAAAAUUUUGCUUAUUCUGGAGGUGGACUAUGCUCAUCUGAGAUUCUGAACGAAGAUGUUAAGAACAUAGGAAGCAAAUGUUCAUGUGAUGCUAGCUGUUUUAAGGACUGCUGCAUUGACCAGGCGCUAAAAAAUCCCAUCACCUCCUGCAUUUCUACCGACUUUCCGCCAAAAUAUAGCGAAUAUGGUGGCUAUAGAAUCGUAGAUAGAUGUUUAGGAACAACCUCAGAUGAAUGUCAUUCUAAUUCCAAGGAUUUAUUUCAAAAUGUACCAUUGACUAGUGUAAAAAGCGGUAUAACAUACAAAAACGUAUUUUGUCAAUAUUGCAGCUCGAAUUCAAACAGUCUCCUAGAAACGACUGAACAUUGGGGUUUGAAUAUUUCUUGUAAUCAAUUCAUAAAUCCUGAUUAUUUUCCAUCACUUCAAGAUUUUAUAAAUUCUCUGAAGGCGGCACAUUGUAAUAUACGUUUGUUGCCACACAAAUCCGCCAAGCCUUGUGAUAGAAUCAAAGCAGACGUCAAUCUUUGUAACAUCACUGGGUUGUGGUCUACAGAAGACAUUGAUGUCAGAAAAGCCUGCGAGGAAUUAAAACCGAACCGUCUACCUUCAAUAGGACCAGCAAAAAAUAGCCAAAAAAGUUACAAAAAUAUAUUCUGUCAGAUGUGCAACCCCGUGAAACAAGCACCUACGGAAAUAAUUGGGCAUUGUUAUAAUAGUACCAACGAGAUUGCAAAUUCACAGGCAUUGGAAGCAGCCUGUGGGAAGCUUCCAUAUGUGCAAAUGUCCUCUAAUUACAAGAACAUUUUCUGUGAGAAAUGCAAUGGAUACAAAACUGAAAAUGAAGCGAUAAAAGCAACAGACUUAGAUAUAAUGCACAGUCUCCUUCCAGCAGUGUUCAACGGAGAUUUUCGCAGGGAACAUGGUAAGAUGCCCAGUUACAGAACUAUAUUUUCCCUCAGUUCAUUUGAUGAUGAUGAUGAUGAUAACAAGGGAAAGGAAAUGACUUGUUUUUCUGAUCAGCAUAUGGAUCAAUCUAAGAAUAUAUGCAGAAAUAAAACCUGUUUCCCAGGGAAGAUACUGCGCAACAGUUCCUGUGUAUCCCUUCUUCCACAAACCAAAAACCUGAGAUACAUUCUGUACUUCCGGGCGGACCUAAAUGAAAACAUAUCUGCUACACCUAACAUUGAAACAGUCUGCGGUGCUUUUCAUGAAUCUAUUUAUAACUUUUUAAAACACAUUACACACCUAGAUGACCAAUUCAUCAAGAUAGAAGAAUAUACGUGUCUUGCAAACAAAGACUGUGAUACAAAAGAAUUAUCUGGACUGCAGAUUUACAUACAAAUAGUAGUUUUUAUAUCAGGAAUGGUACAUCGCUUGGAAACAGAAAGAAACCUAGUAUCCUUCUCUAAUUCACUUCAUAAUUUACCGAUCAGGAAUACCAUUUAUAACUUUUCGUUAAGUCAGUCUGGACAUUCCAAAUUGUUUCCGUUUUUCGCUAGACAUUGUAUUCAUAAGAAAAACAAAUCCAAGCUCAAUAACCCCGAGUACAGAAAGGUCUAUGUGAACAACUUACUUCUUUGUCAACAAAUUCUUUUAAUUCCAGAGGAAUACAAGUAUAAUGCCUCAACACAAAGUCUUCAAAUUAAGCAAUGGAAUAUUUCUCUACCACACGAUCAAUUUUUAUUAACUGAAAAUAUGUCUGCAAGAGUAUGCGUUUUUAAUUCUACCAAACCUUCGACACAAGAAUUCGAACAGUCUUUCGGGGAUUCGUCGUUCAGUUUAUCGGUGCUGACGUUUGUAUGUAUUGUAAUAUCUCUUGUGUGCCUCGUCAUAACCUUUAUAGUCUACUGUAUUUUUCAAUCUCUUCGAACACUGCCUGGGUUGAACAAUAUGUGUUUAAUUGUUUCUCUUUUCUUUGCUCAACUAAUGACAAUAAUUAGACCCUAUAUUUUGGACUUCCACAUUGUUGCCGUGGUGUCCUCAAUAACUAUGCAUUAUUUCUGGUUGUGUGUCUUUUUCUGGUUAAGUGUCUGUUCAUUUCACAUGUUUCGUGUAUUUACCAGAAAUACUCACAAAAUAAAAAGUGAAAAAGACACUUGUCAUGCUAUCAUUAAGUAUGCUGCGUACGCAUUUGGUAUCCCAGGCUUGUUUGUCGUGAUUCACUUGACUGUAAAUGUUAUAGCUUCAGAUGGAACGCUUACAGGAUAUGAAAACAGAAAUGGACUCGUAAACGACAAAAUUGCCUUUAUCGUCACAAUCAUAACCCCAAUGUUGUUGAUUUGCUUAAGUAAUUUUUUCUUCUUUGUCAUCACUGUCUACCGGAUCCGAAAUACUCCGCAUGCGCAGAAGAAUCAGAAGCAGUCCGUGGAGGUGUGGGUUUACGUCAAGUUGUUUGCUCUGACUGGCUUAACAUGGAUCUUUCAGAUUGUAGACGCUUUCCUCUCGGUUUCCUUCCUGUCCUACAUAGUUGCCAUUCUAAAUGGGCUUCAAGGAUUGUUCCUGUUUUUAAGCUAUGUCUGCAAUGGACGAGUAUUACGAUUGUGCUGUGAAAAAAGAAAUAAUAAUUCCCUGGGUUCGGUGUCCUCUUCACAUCUAAAUUCUUUAGUGUCUACGAAAAAAUCUACAAAAUUCUAGUCAACUAAUUAUCUUGUUUUUAAUGACUGUCCUUUUUUAUUUUACGAAUGCUACACUUUUUUUAAAGAAAAAAUGAAUUGUUAUUUAAAU